UUGCGGUCUAUUUUGACAGACUCGACCCAUUUUUUGACCGUUGCAACGGAAAGUCGGAAACACAGGCGCCGGAGGAGGAUGUACGUACGUACGGACGUCCCGAGGAGCGAGGAAGAGACUCUCGUGCUCUACCACGCGUCUCUCCAUGGCGUUACUGACGCAGUUUCCGUAUCUUCCGCGAUUAAAUCCUUUCUCCGUUUCUCCGUCUUCUCUUUUGAAGCAUUUCUCCUUAUCUCCCCCGGAACCUCCCUGAAUUCCACGUGAUUUGAAUCACAUUUUGGGGGGGAGGGGGGAAGACAAUCGAGCCGGUGGUAGAGGGGAGAGCGAUUUCAGAACUCUCGUGGCUCGGCUAGGCUGUCGAGUGCUCUGCCGGCCGGAAAAAUGGCGGCGCCGGGGAGCUCCGAGCAGACGGCGCUGAUGCGGCGCUCCUCGCGCAGCGCGAACACCACGGUGUUUUCUACAGAAGUAUUCGACAACGAGGUUGUUCCUUCUUCGCUACAGUCCAUUGCCCCGAUUCUUCGCGUCGCUGCUGAGAUACAGAACGUGCGUCCACGCGUCGCCUACCUCUGUCGAUUAUAUGCACUUGAAAAGGCCCAUCGGUUGGAUCCUCAUUCAAGCGGACGUAGUGUCCUGCAAUUUAAGACUAGCCUUCAACAAAGAUUAGAAAGGGAAAAUGAAUCAACACUUGCUGCUCGAGUCAAGAGGACAGAUGCUCGAGAAAUUGAGAGCUACUACAAGCAAUAUUAUGAGCAAUAUGUUAUGGAACUUAACAAGGGCGAGCAAACUGACAGAGCCCAGCUUGGAAAAGCUUACCAGACAGCCGGAGUCCUCUUUGAAGUGCUAUGUGCUGUUAAUAAAACUGAGAAAGUUGAGGAAGUUGCUCCUGAGAUUAUUGCAUCAGCAAGUGAUGUCCAGGCUAAGAAUGAAAUUUUUGGUACGUACAACAUCCUUCCCCUGGAUUCUGCUGGUGCAUCACAGCCUAUCAUGCAGCUUGAAGAGGUGAAAGCUGGUGUCACUGCUUUAAGGAACACCAAUGGUUUAAAAUGGCCAGCUUCGUUUGAGAAACAGAGGCAGAAAACUGGGGAGUCAGACAUCCUCGAUUGGCUGAGAGUUGUGUUUCGGUUUCAGAGGGACAAUGUCAGAAACCAAAGAGAGCAUUUGAUUAUGCUGCUGGCAAAUAUUCACAUAAGGCUUACUCCCAUGCCCGAGCCACUAAAUAUACUUGAUGAUAGAGCUGUUGAUGCACUCAUGAAGAAGCUUUUCAAGAACUACAAGACAUGGUGUAGAUAUUUGGGAACAACACACAACUUGAGGCUCCCCAAGGGUAGUCAGAUGGAAGUGCAACAGAGAAAGCUACUUUAUAUUGGCCUCUUUCUUCUUAUCUGGGGUGAAGCAGCUAACGUGCGGUUCAUGCCAGAGUGCCUUUGCUAUAUUUUCCACAAUAUGGCAUAUGAAUUACAAGGCCUCUUAGUUGGAAGUGCCAACAUUGCUGUGGGGGAGAGCAUGAAAGCUUCUUAUGGAAGUGAUGAUGAAGCCUUCCUGCAGAAAGUUAUAACUCCAAUUUAUCGAGUGAUUGAGAAGGAAGCCAAGAAAAGUAACAAUGGGAAAGCACCCCACACAAGCUGGUGCAACUACGAUGAUUUAAAUGAAUAUUUCUGGUCAUCGGAUUGCUUUAAUCUGGGUUGGCCAAUGCGCGAUGAUGCUGAGCUUUUCAAAACACGACGAGGUGCAGCGCAAGUAAAACACCCCUCAAAAACUCCUGAAAUUCUAGGAAAAUCAUUUUUUGCAGAAACUAGGUCGUUUUGGCACAUUUUUCAAAGUUUUGAUAGGUUGUGGACGUUUCUCAUUCUCGGUCUUCAGAUUAUGGUUAUACUUGCAUGGAAUGAUAUUUCCAUAUUUGAAAUCUUUGAGAAGAAAGCUUUAUAUGAGCUGUCUAGCAUUUUUAUCACAGCAGCCUAUCUUCGGCUGCUUCAGAGUAUCCUGGACCUGGUUCUAAACUUCCCUGGCUACCUUAGAUGGAAAUUCACUCAUGUUUUGAGGACAAUACUGAAGCUAAUGCUCAACAUUGGAUGGUGCAUCAUCCUUCCAUCAUUUUAUAUGGUCCAGAGAAAUCUUCAUUUCCGACCACUUGAUGAUAUUCUUGUAUACCUCGAUAAGCUCAAGGGGCUGCCAACAUUGUACCUCUUGGCAAUAGCAUUAUACUUGCUACCAAAUCUACUGACAGCAUUCUUAUUUGUGUUCCCCAUGUUGCAACGCUGGAUUGAGAGUUCCAAUUGGCUUAUUGUGAGGUUUCUUCUAUGGUGGUCACAGCAAAGAAUAUAUGUAGGAAGAGGAAUGCAUGAAAGUCAAUGGGCCCUUUUCAAAUAUACUAUAUUCUGGGUCCUGCUUCUGUGUUCCAAAUUUGCAUUUAACUUUUUUAUGAUGAUAAAGCCUAUGGUAUUGCCCACCAAAGAUAUCAUGAAAAUUAAGCAUGUUGAUUAUGCAUGGCAUGAGUUUUUCCCAAAUGCCAAGAACAAUGUGGGAGCCAUCAUUGCAAUAUGGGCACCGGUUAUCUUGGUUUACUUCAUGGAUCUCCAGAUUUGGUAUGCUGUCUUCUCCACUGUGUAUGGAGGUUUUAUUGGGGCCUUCGACCAUCUUGGAGAGAUCCGAACAAUGGAAAUGCUAAGGUCGCGUUUUCGGUCUUUACCUGGUGCAUUCAACACUAACUUUGUGCCUUCUGAAAAGCCUAAGAAAAGAGGGUUAUUUUGUUCUAAGCACUCUCAAAAGGACAGUGAUAAUAUAAGAAGUCAAGCAGCAAAGUUUGCACAGUUGUGGAAUGAAGUUAUAAGCAGUUUCCGUGAAGAAGAUUUAAUAAGUGACAGGGAGAUGGAUUUGCUUCUUGCUCCUUAUUCGUCCGACCCUAACCUGAAAGUUAUUCAAUGGCCGCCAUUUUUGCUGGCUGGCAAGAUUCCAAUUGCAGUAGAUACGGCUGCUCAAGUUUGUUCCAAGGAUUUUGAUCUUUGGAAGCGAAUCAGUGCCGAUGAGUAUAUGAAAUGUGCUGUGAUUGAAUGCUAUGAAACAUUUAAAAACAUCCUGGAUGAAUUGAUCAUUGAAGAGACUGAGAACAGGUUAAUAGAAAUCAUCUUGAAAGAAAUUGAAAGCUCCAUAUCAAAGAACACAUUCUUAGCAAAUUUUAGAACCAAGCCUCUGCCUAAUCUUUGCAAGAUAUUAGUUGAAAUUUUGGAGAUAUUGAAAGAUUGCCAGCCAUCCCAGAAAGACAGGGUUGUUCUACUGUUGCAAGAUAUGCUAGAAGUAGUUACCCGUGACAUGAUGGUGAAUGAGAAUCGUGAACUUGCUGAACUUAGUCGAGGCAGCAAGGGUUCUGGGAAGCAGCUUUUUGCUAACAUUGCUUUCCCUCCCCAAAACAGAACACAAUGGGACGAACAGGUCCGGCGGCUCCAUAUGCUUCUAACUGUUAAAGAAUCUGCAGCUGAAGUGCCAACAAACCUGGAAGCACGGCGAAGGAUAUCUUUCUUCUCCAAUUCACUUUUCAUGAACAUGCCAUGUGCACCUCGUGCGCGCAAAAUGCUGUCAUUCAGUGUGUUCACUCCAUAUUACAGCGAGGAGACUCUCUACUCGAAAAAUGAUCUUAAUAUGGAAAAUGAAGACGGUGUGUCUAUCUUAUACUACCUUCAGAAGAUUUAUCCAGAUGAAUGGAACAACUUCAGGGAGCGAAUGAACUGUGAAGAAGACGAAAUUUUGGAAAAAGAGGAAAGCAUACUCCAACUGCGCCACUGGGCUUCUUUGCGUGGACAGACUCUUAGCAGAACAGUCAGAGGAAUGAUGUACUACCGAAGGGCGUUGAAGCUUCAGGCUUUCCUCGACAAGGCUAACGAAGAUGAGUUACUUGAAGGCUAUAAAAGCAUUUCAGAACCAUCACCAGAAGACAAGAAGAAUCCAAGAUCCAUGUUUUCUCAACUAGAGGCUGUAGCCGACAUGAAAUUCACUUAUGUCGCCACCUGCCAAAUAUACGGUAACCAGAAACGCAGUGGAGAUCGCCGUGCAACUGACAUUUUAAAUCUGAUGGUCAACAACCCAUCACUACGUGUGGCAUAUAUCGAUGAAGUCGAAGAAAGGGAAGGUGGGAAGAAUCAGAAGGUUUAUUAUUCUGUAUUGGUAAAGGCUGUUGAUAAUCAUGAUCAGGUAAGCAAUAAAUAUUUCUUCUACGUCCUCAUGGAUUCUAUUUCAUGUCAUAUAUUUCUGCAGGAAAUCUACCGUAUAAAGCUCCCUGGCCAGGCAAAGAUUGGAGAAGGAAAGCCUGAAAAUCAAAACCAUGCUAUAAUCUUUACGCGUGGAGAGGCUAUUCAAACCAUAGAUAUGAAUCAGGAUAACUAUCUGGAAGAAGCUUUUAAGAUGCGCAAUCUACUCGAGGAGUUUAAUGAGGAUCACGGGGUGCGACCGCCUACUAUUUUGGGUGUUCGCGAGCACAUUUUCACCGGAAGUGUAUCAUCUCUGGCUUGGUUUAUGUCAAAUCAAGAGAUGAGUUUCGUCACCAUUGGCCAGAGAGUUCUAGCAAGGCCGUUGAAGGUGCGAUUCCAUUACGGGCAUCCCGAUGUGUUCGACCGAAUUUUUCACAUAACCCGUGGAGGCAUCAGCAAGUCAUCGAGGGGCAUUAAUCUCAGUGAAGAUAUAUUUGCUGGCUUCAAUUCAACGCUAAGGCAAGGAAAUGUCACUCACCAUGAAUACAUUCAAGUUGGGAAGGGCCGAGACGUUGGUCUCAACCAAAUCUCACUCUUUGAAGCUAAAGUCGCAUGCGGUAAUGGGGAGCAGACGCUUAGCCGCGACAUCUAUCGUUUGGGCCAUCGUUUCGACUUCUUCCGUAUGCUAUCUUGUUACUACACAACCACAGGGUUUUAUGUGAGCUCAAUGAUGGUGGUCCUUACAGUUUAUGCAUACCUGUACGGUAGGCUCUACCUUAGUCUGAGCGGAGUAGAGAAGGCAAUAGUCCGGUUCGCCGACAUGAAGGGCAACAACUCUCUGAAAACCGUCAUGGCAACACAAUCACUUGUUCAAUUAGGUCUACUGACAGCAUUGCCGAUGAUCAUGCAGAUCGGACUGGAAAGGGGCUUCAGAACUGCUGCUGUCGACGUGAUUGUCAUGCAGCUGCAACUCGCAGCUGUCUUCUUCACUUUCUCUCUCGGCACAAAGCUGCAUUACUUUGGAAGGACAAUACUGCAUGGCGGAGCUCAAUACAGAGCCACAGGGCGUGGCUUUGUCGUGAGGCAUGAAAAGUUUGCUGAGAAUUAUCGGAUGUACUCGAGAAGCCAUUUCACUAAAGCUCUGGAGCUUAUGGUUUUACUCGUAACGUAUCAACUAUUCAACUCGGUUGCUACCAACAGUGCAGCCUACAUUCUCAUCACCUGCUCCAUGGGGUUUCUCGUCUUUUCUUGGCUGUUCGCUCCCUUCCUCUUCAACCCUUCUGGGUUCGAAUGGCAGAAGAUAGUUGAAGACUUUGAGGACUGGACUAAGUGGAUGAACUCCAGGGGUGGUAUUGGCGUUCCUGCAUCCAAGAGUUGGGAGUCUUGGUGGGAGGAGGGGCAGAGCCAUCUCGCCUCCACGGGAUUCCUCGGCCGGCUCACGGAAGUAAUCCUCGCUCUCCGCUUAUUUGUAUACCAGUAUGGAAUCGUAUAUCACCUUCAUGUGAUGCAGAACGACAAGAGUAUCGCGGUUUACGCUCUGUCUUGGUUCGUCAUCGUUGCUGUCAUGAUCAUUCUCAAGAUUGUAUCGAUGGGAAGACAGAAGCUGAACUCCGAUUUCCAGCUGAUUUUCAGGCUAUUGAAGCUCUUCCUGUUUAUUGCCUCUGUCGCGACGAUCAUCAUCUGCAUUAACUUCGCAGAUCUCACCGUGGGCGACAUAUUCGUCAGUUUAUUAGGGUUCUUGCCAACAGGAUGGGCGCUGCUGCAGAUUGCACAAGCGUGCAGAAAAACAGUGAAGGCAAUGGGAAUGUGGGACUCUGUUAAAUCCCUCGCAAAAGCGUACGAGUACAUCAUGUGUAUAGCGAUCUUCGCUCCUGUCGCGACCCUCGCAUGGUUCCCUUUCGUCAACGAGUUCCAAACCCGGCUGCUCUUCAAUCAGGCAUUCAGCCGAGGCUUGCAAAUUCAGCGUAUCCUGGCCGGUGGGAAGAAAAACAAGUGA